AUGGCUUUGAAUUGGGAACUCCAGAGGGAUUACGAUCGGUACUACCUUCACACGCUUCCCAGCCGAGUCCGGGCCUCUCUAGCCAGGUACGUAGGCUUGUGGUACGAGGCCGGUCUGUCCGCUGCGGACUUGCGCAAUAUCCUGAUACCUCCCGCCGUUGACGAAGAGGACGGGGCUCAGCUGUCCCAAGAACCCGAGGACCUUGUGUCUCUGAACAACGACAUCUACUUCCUCGACCUCACGGGCUCCAUCGGCUGUUCCAUGUCAGUCAAGGAACUGGCUGACGUGCUCUUCCCGCUGCAGCUGGCUCUGGCACCGGAAGAGGUACAUGACUCUUGGGACACGGCGGAGGCACCGUCGCUUCCUCCGAAGCUUCUGCCCAACAUCACGCAUCUCUGUCUGGCCGUCACUCCAGGAGCUGGUGCCGAUGGGCCCGGUGUGUCGUGGAAGCAGCUGCUCGCACUCACGGCGAAACUACCCACCCUCACGCAUCUCAGUCUGGCCUACUGGCCCGAGCCGGCGUUGACGCCUAAGGCAAGGUUCACGACGAUUGUAUCGCCUGAGGGCCACACGUCACAGUAUGCGGGCACCGGGGCGUAUUCUCACACCCUUGACGAUGACUGGACUGAGGCCGUCAUCAUGCUGCGGAAGCUGAGCAAGUGCCUGUAUGGAUUGGAACAUCUAGAUAUCACUGGUUGUGGUGCUUGGUUCAAGGCGCUCAUGGUGAAUGUAGAUGGUGAUAAGGUCGACUGGAAUGGGCCGUGGAGCAAGGUCUCUUCACUCGUAUUGAAGUAUGGGUACGAGAUAAGCGAAAAUACUCCUAUGGCCGAUGGCCAAAGGUAUUUGGAGGCGGCAGAGAUGGCCAAGGCAAUCGAACGGUACAUUGUCGGGCAAAGAGGUGGAAAGGGACGGUUCAUCACCGUCGAAAGAGACCAGAUAGAUGAGGCGUUUGCGCAAACUGUGAUUUAG